AUGGACCAAGCGACGUCCGCGUCCCCAGCGAUGACCUUCAGUGUCCUGGCAUCCACUGCUCCAGUCCUUGCGCCACGGGUAGGAAAAUUGGCCAUUCCAGGCCGCAAGACCCUCGCGACGCCGCACCAUGUCCCGCUCACUUCGCGGGGCACAGUCCCACAUGUUGCGCACGAUGUGAUGCGCGAUCACACUGAGAUCAACAGCUUGUAUGCUGGAUUGGAAGAUUUCAUCGCGAAAAAGCAAGCCCCCGUUUACAAGACACCGGCCGCGGAUCAUGAGUCGCCAUUGAAGAAAUUCAUUUGUGUGGCCGAGGACAUGCCUUUGAUUCUGGGCCCGCGGCGAUUCCCUCCGAUCCCAUGCCCGCCCGCGAACACAUCGACUUCCAUCGCGCUGCUGACAUCAAUCGGGUUCACCCAGUUAUCUGCGCAUGAUUAUGUUAAGGCAGUUCAAAAACUGAGACCAGAUAUUGCGAUUGGAAUGGUGGACCUGGCUAAUAAGCAGCCCGGAUCCAAGAGGCGGGCGAAGAUGGUUGACCGGACACAUGCCUGGACUAGUGAUGCAUUGGAGCAGCUCUAUGGGGAUGCUGUGGCAGAGAAAGACAAGUCAAAGAGCGCGUAUUUUGCACCAAUUUUGCCUCUUGAUAAUGCGCAGCAGUCCCUCUAUUUGGAUGACUUGGAAAGCGAGUUCCGGUGGGAUAUAUCCGGCCUGGCGCUAUAUCAGUCUGCAUCACUGGGAUUCGUUCCAGAAUCGUUGGCGCACCUGCCUCGGUUGCUCUUCAGUGAGCCCGAGACUCCGCACACUAUCCUGCGCGAUGUAUCCCUUGGAGCAGAUCUCCUGACCACACCUCUGCUAGGCGUAUCGUCAGACGGCGGUAUCGCGAUAGAAUUCGCCUUCCCCGCUCCAGCUGCCUUGCAAGAGGGGAAGUCCGAGCCCCGGCCUUUGGGAGUCGAUUUGUGGACGGGAGAUCACGCUACUGAUACAUCCUCGCUGGGCGAGGGAUGUGAAUGCUAUACCUGCAAGAAUUACCAUCGUGCUUAUAUCCACCAUCUCCUAGUUGCCAAGGAGAUGACCGCUUGGGCGCUCCUUCAGGUCCAUAAUUUCCACGUCAUGGAUACCUUCUUCGCAGGAGUGCGGGAGAGUAUCCAACGUGGGUCCUUCGAGCAGGACGUUCAGACGUUUGCUCGCGUUUAUGCCUCUUCGAUGCCGGAGAGUGGUGGAGAAGGCCCUAGAUUACGUGGAUACCAACUCCCGGCCAACGGGCCUAACCAACCCCGCCGCAUGCCCAAGGCAUGGGGCCUUCUUGACGAUGCUAUACAGAAAUUCGCCGAGACCCAGUCUGAGAUCGCUACCCCGGACACCGACGCGAGCGGACUCGAGGAACACGGUUUUGCCGAGAAGUUGUGA